AUGACCCUUCUCGACUACCCUGUUCCAGAGUUGGAUGUCACCUUGCAAGAAGUGGGGCGUGUCCUGCAGCUCACUCUAAGUCCUGACCAUUACCCGGAGUUCAAAAGUGCGUUGGAACAGCAGAGGGAGCUCCUUCAAGAGGCCCAGCAGAAAUUAGCAACCAGAGCUGCAGGCCAGGAGAACUGGGUGACAGAGCAGUUCAAGAGGGGUCUGCUGUCGUGUGCUGACCCCCUGCCCACCUCCACAGCCCUCCCUGUUGUUCUUCUUCCAUCCAAAGCAAAGACAUGUACCCAGCUGGGGAGGGCAGCCGCUCUACUCUGGGCAGCAGCAAAGCUGUACAGUGAGCCCUUGUUACUGGAGGGUGAUGUGCCAAUGGAGCGCACACAGCAAUCCGAGGUUUUUGCUGCCAGCCGGAUUCCUGGCACGAGUCACGAUCAAAUUAAAGUCUACCCAGAAAGCCUGCAUGCCAUCAUCACCUGUGUUGGAGGAGUGUUCCCUGUUGACAUUUUGUGGCGUCCCAGCAGUGAUGGGCCAGUUUCAGCUCGACCAUUCAUUGACAUCUACAACCAGCUGACUCAGGUGAUGGAUCAACCGAGCGCAGGAAAACAGAAUGAUCCCUCCGCCAUUUGCAGCCUCUCAGCUCUGCAGCGUAAAACCUGGGCUUCCAUCAGGGAAGAGAUCCUGGAGCACGGAGGGGAAGCAGCAGCGUCACUGGGGCUGAUGGAGAGCGCUGUGCUAACACUCUGUAUGGAAGACUUGAACGCACCUUCUGAACUGGCCGAUAUCCUCAAUGCAGUGAGGCUGGGAGGAGGAGGAGACAAUCCAUGUCUGAGAUACUAUGAUAAGGUGGUGAACCUGGUGGUGUUCAAGGACGGCACAGCUGGGAUGGUGUUUGAGCACAGUGCUGUGGAUGGGAUGGUGGCUGGGCUUGUGACAGAGCGUGUGUACAACCUGUCUGAGACUGCUGACUUGAACCUAGUGUGGCAGAGAGGCCUGUAUGAUGCCUGGAUCAACUUCUCUUUGCAGCUUUCCCUGAGGCAGACUCUCGGGGAAGCCGCUGCCAGUCACAUGCUUGUCACACCUACCCAUAUGCGCCACUACAAACAUGGCCGAUGUGAUCCUACUUAUUCACUCACCAUGCAUUCUCGCAAGUUAGUAGGUGCCUUGGCAUCCUGUGUUGGCCCAGAUAACAAAAUCCAAUACACUACCGACCUUCUACGCUUGUUCCAUGUUGCAUUCUUGGAGCAUAAGAGCCUCAUCAGAAACACCAAAAGUGGUCAUGGUGUUGGUCCCCAUCUAGCUGCCCUGCGUCGAUCUUUGCCAUCUGACAAUCCACUGAAGAAGUUUCUGGACCCCUUUGGGUGUCCAUCUGUGUACCUCACUGGUACAGAUCUGAUGGAGGGUGUAGAGUGUGGAGUAGGGAACGUUUACGCCCAAGAUCAGCUGGCUGUAACCUACCUUGGAAAACGAGACAAGGUUCGCAUCGUGCUAAAUGGGAAAGGGAGCUUUGCUCUGACGCUGAAGAAGCUUCAAGAAAACCUGAAGAUAAACCUGAAGUUAGUGAUGCUAUUAGCUGUUAGAUAUGCCAUUGCAAACCAGAUGGGAGCCCUGGAGUGUCUGCUCCAACAGGGUCAAACACAGAAAAUUAAUGGACAGACAUAUCACCCAAACAAUGCUAAAAGCACAGUUGACUCCACCUCAGGCAUGAGUCCAGACUAUACUCUGUUGAUUCACGGUGGAGCAGGAGAAGAGAUGAUGUUGAACACCCAAGUGAUUGGGGUUAUUGAGUUUGCCCUACAGACAGCCUUAACCCUCGGAUGCCAAGUGCUUCAACAAGGCGGCAGGAGUCUGGACGCAGUUCAGAGGUCAGUGGAAGCUCUGGAGGACUGCUUCCUUUUCAAUGCAGGUAAAGGCUCGGUACUCAACAAAGAUGGCAAAAAUGAAUUGGAAGCAACCAUUGUAGAUGGCAAUGCGAUGAAGUCAGGAUCUGUUGCUUGUGUGCAAACUGUAAAGAACCCAAUAAAAGCAGCCAGGUGUGUCAUGGAGAAAAGCUCACAUUCACUCAUUGUGGGAGAUGGGGCUGAGGAGUUUCUGCAAGGGCUGGAGGAGAAGGAGAAGCCCGUUGGACAUGAGUAUUUCUACACUGAUAUACGUCACAGAGAGUUAACUGCAAAGCUCAGUGGUGGAAAUAACUCAAAAAACAAUCACCCUCAAACAGUCGGAGCUGUGGCCGUGGAUCACUGGCAUGGGUUGGCUGCCGCCUCCUCCACAGGUGGGUUAGUAGGAAAGCUGAAAGGGCGAGUUGGGGAUACAGCAGUAGUCGGGGCAGGAAUAUAUGCUGACGACAAAUUAGCAAUCACCUGCUCUGGAGAUGGAGAUGUAUUUCUGAGGCACACAGUUGCCCAGAAAAUAGCCAGUCUCUACCAUCACAAAGGCUAUAACCUUAGACAGGCAUGUAGAGAAGUGAUGGCUGAAAAUCUGAAUGGGAUCUGUGCAGGUAUCAUUGCUUUGGACAAUAAAGGUGAAGCCAUCAUCGAAACAAAUGCUGGCGUGAUGUUUGUGGCGUCAAUGAUAAGCGGUAUUUCACGAGUAGAAGUCCUCAGGCCUCUGAAGAAGUUCUCUAAUGUGAUCUGGGAAACAGAUGAGCUGGUUGCUUACCUGAAUCCCAACCCUUGGAUCCCUGGGUCAACCAUCCUGACAAGAAAAACUCUUAGCGGGGCAAGCAGCAUCUUCCACUUGGCCACACCUGAUUUUGUGGCUAUGCUACAAGGCGCAAGAGCUGUGUCGAGCUUACUAUGUGAGCGAUUGGGAGUGCAGCGCUGUGCCAUGGUUUUCAAUCCAACCUCUGAUCAUCCCGCACAAAUCCGACUGCUCCCACUUCAUGGCUUAGAGCCAAAAUGGCAGCCCCAUCUUGCUGGCGAAGAGGAGUUCCAUGCUUACGAUCCCAGCUACUGCACCUCAAAAAGUGGCCCACGCUGGGAUGACGAAGCACUGACCCAGGUUCAAGCCAAGAUUAGAAGCAGACUGCCAACACCAAAUGCACCCUCUUGCUAUGACUUUUUUGGAGACCCUUCUAAUGACAACCUGUUCAGCCGUAUUGUACGUGGAGAGCAGCAACAGUGGAGAGUGUGGGAAGACAAUGAACAUGUUGCCUUCCUCACACCAUACCCAAACACCCCUGGACUUACUGUCGUGGUGCCACGCAAACCACUGUCCAGUGACGUCUUCAAACUGGACGAGGCUGACUACAAAGCACUGAUCUUAGCCACUCAAAAGGUUUCCCAGCUACUGGAAGAGGGGAUGAGAGCCCGAGGUGUUGCGCUGAUCUUUGAGGGCUUUGAGAUUGACUAUGCUCAUGCCAAGCUGAUCCCUUUGUUACCUUCACCAGAUGGCACCAAGCCUGCCGAGCUGCGACCAGAACGCUUCGAAAGCUACCCUGGAUAUGUGUCGUCGCUGGAUGGACCAGCUGCUGAUGCUGAGACCCUCAAAACAAUCCACUCAAAGAUCACCGAUAGCAGGCCUCCACAUUCAUGGGAAGACCCUAAAUCCCACUCCACACUCGCCAUCAAGAGCCAGUGGUAUCGCAACAUGUUCCAGAUUCAAAACACACUUUUCCACAGCACAGUGGAAUAUUUCCACAACUCCUGCCAGUACUCCUACGCUCUGACCCCUCUGACCACAGACACCAUCUCCUCGCCGAUGGGCCUGGGAUCCGACUCAGAGCCAGUUUCUGUUAACCUGCUGGGCCAGGACAUCUACCUGGCCGACUCAAUGCAGUUUGUUCUCGAAUACUUCCUUCGCUUCCAGGAGAACCUGCCGGGGACCUACUACAUAUCUCCCAGCUUUAGAGGGGAAGAUCCUGAUGCCACACACUUGAACCAGUUCUACCAUGUGGAGUGUGAACUGUUGGGUGACAUGGACAAAGCCAUUUCCACGGCUGAGGGAUACCUGGCUCAUCUCACCAAGUCCAUGUUGAAGAAGCACUCAGACAUAAUUCUCAACACUGCUGGGACCCUCACGCAUGUCACCGACAUGCUGAGUAAGCUGGAUGGGAAAACCGCACUACCAAGAGUCCCUCUAGACCAGGCCAUUCCCAUGAUGCCCUCUGCUGACUGUGUGGAGUGGGUCCAAGAUGGCCAGCCCCAGUUCGGCAGAAAGCUAACACGCAAAGGAGAGCGGGUCUUGAUAGAGAAAUACGGUGGUGCUGUUUGGCUGACUGAGAUGGACCAUCUGGGCGUUCCCUUCUACCAGGCGUAUGUGGAGGGCACCGGGCAGAGCAAAGCCAAAGCUGCUGACCUUCUGCUGGGGCUGGGUGAGACUGUGGGUCUUGGAGAACGCCAUUCCACCCCUGAGAUGGUGCAGGAGGCCCUCAGACACCAUGCAGUGCCUGAGCAGUCCUACAAAUGGUACAUUAACAUUCGCCAAGUGAAACCACUCCUUACCAGUGGAUGGGGGAUCGGGACGGAGCGCUACUUGUGUUGGCUGCUUAAGCAUGACGACAUUAGAGACAUACAUAUCAUACCUAGGAUGAAAGGAAUGAAAUACAUGCCCUGA